CACCCGUCGCCAUGGUAACGGGGUCCUUCCUCCAGCCCGGCGCACAAGAUGGCGGCGCCCUUGCUGAGCGCGGCCCUGCGCGGGGCCCGGGGCGGGCGGAGCUUCGGAACCACCGCCGUGCUCUGGAAGAGGGCAGCCCCCCUGGGGCCGAUGCCCAACGAGGACAUCGACGUCAGUAACUUGGAUGCCCUGGAGAAAUACCGGAGCUUCACCCGGUACUUCCGGCUGGCGGAGAAGGAGAGCAGGAAGUCCCGGUGGUGGAAGACGUACCAUCAGCACACCAACCCCCCCAAAGAGCCACAGACAGACAUCAGCCUGCCACGUAAGAGGGUGUCACGGGCCAAGGAGAUCAGGGAGAGGAAGGCGAUCCUGAGGGGGAACCGCCAGAACGCUGAGAUGGAAAGAGCAGCGCGGCUCCAGACGGUGCUCAUUCCCCUCGAUGAGGUGAGGGCAGAGUGGGAGAGGACCAGCGGCCCGUUCCACAAGCAGCGCGUGGCCGAGCACUGCGGGGUGUUCAGGGACCUGUUCAAGGGGGCCACCUUCACCCCAUGGGUGGCCCUGAGGGUGCACUACAGCCAAGAGGACGAGCACCUCGUGCCAGUCUACUAUGGGAACAUGGUGACUCCGUCAGAGGCUUCCAGUCCCCCUGCAGUGUCAUACAAGGCAGAUAAAGGCUCCCUCUGGACUUUGUUGCUCACAAAUCCAGAUGGACAUCUAAGGGACACAGACUCGGAGUACCUGCACUGGCUGGUAACCAACAUCCCAGGCAAUGACAUCAAGUCAGGAAAGGAGAUCUGCCACUACCUGCCCCCCUUCCCUGCCAUGGGGACUGGCUACCAUCGCUUCAUCUUCCUUCUCUUCAAGCAAGACCAUCCCAUCGACUUCUGCGAGGACACUCGGCCGACGCCGUGCUACAGCCUCAAGAUGAGAACCUUCAGCACGUUUGACUUCUACAGAAAGCACGAGGAUGCCAUGACCCCGGCAGGGCUGGCCUUCUUCCAGUGUCGGUGGGACAGCUCUGUCACUUCCAUCUUCCAUCAGCUGCUCAACAUGAGGGAGCCGAUAUUCGAGUUCGUGCGCCCGCCCGUGUACCACCCUCGCCAGCUGAAGUUCCCACGCCAGCAGCCCCUGAGGUACCUGGACAGGUACCGGGACACGGACGAGCCCACCUAUGGCAUUUACUAGGAGCUGGCCCCCUCCCAGCGCCCUGUGCCCGCUGGGAUGCUGCCUCCCAGCUUUCGUGCACUCCCUCAGCGCCUCUGGAGGGAGGUGACAAAGUCUCAGCCCCUCAGCUCCCAGAUCCCCUGGGAAAGGCAGCCAAGGGCAGCAGGUGCUCACAGUGCUGGAGCUGCAUGGUCAAGAGGCUGCUUAACGAGGACAUUCAAAGUGAAUCCAGGCUGAAAUCUUGCUCCUGAUUCUGCAGCAGAGCUGAUCAGUGGCUGGCAGGGUAGAUUCCCCCCCGAGAUGCCCUGCCUUGCUUCUCUGCACGGAUCACAGUUCUCCUUUUGCCUGUUUAGGGAACAAACAGAGCCAGGCCAGCCUGGAUUUCCUCCUCUUAACAGCGCUGCAGUUCAGGGCUGUGUCAGCCUUUAUUUGUGCAGUCCCCUUGGAGAGAUGAGCCUGAUUAAACACACUCUGAGAA